GCGUCGGGGGCAGAGGGGCGGAGGAAGCGGCGGGAGAGCGGGGGGAGCCGCCUGCCGCGGCGGGGCCGGGCCGGGCGCCGCCAUGCCCCGGGACAACAUGGCCUCCCUGAUCCAGCGGGUGGCGCGGCAGGCGCGGAUCACCUUCCGCAGCCCGGCGGGGCCGGCCUUCGGGGAGAACCUGCACCGGCUGCAGCAGCUGCUGGACGAGGUGCGCGCCGAGGACUUGCACUUGGCGCCGCGGGGGCCGUCGACGGCGGCGGCGGCGGCGGCGGGCGGGGGAUUACCGUGGGGCGGCGUGGUACCUCCCGUCAGCUACAUGCACAUCUGCGAAACGGAGAGCUUCAGCAUGGGCGUGUUCCUGCUGCGGAGCGGCGCCUGCAUCCCGUUGCACGACCACCCGGGUAUGAACGGCAUGUUGAAGGUGCUGUACGGCACGCUGCGCAUCGCCUGCAUGGACACGCUGCCCGCCGCCGCCGCCGCUGCCCCGCCGCCCGCCGCCGCCGCCGGCGGGCCCUGCCACCGCGCCCUGUUCCGCUCCCGCCAGCACUACACGCCGGCCUCCCCGCCCUGCCUGCUCUCGCCGCACACCGACAACCUCCACCAGAUCGACGCCGUGGACGGGCCUGCCGCCUUCCUCGACAUCUUGGCGCCGCCCUACGACCCCCAGCACGGCCGGGACUGCCACUACUACCGCCUGCUGGAGGGGUCGCCGGCGGGCGCCGAGCCUCCCGGGCUGCCGCGGGAGGUGUGGCUCAUGGAGACCCCGCAGGCCGCCGACUUCUGGUGCGGGGGCGAGCCCUACCCUGGGCCCCGCGUGUGCCUCUGAAGAGGAGGAGGCGGAGGCGGCGGCGGCCCGGGCCGCGGCCGUUGGGACCGUUAGGACCGUUGGGACGGUUGGCGGGAGCCCCGCGCCCUCCCUCCCACCCCCCCGGCCGCCCUUCUCCCCGGGCCCGCCUCUGGGACCGGCCGGCGGGUGCUGGCUGGGGCUCCUGGGGAGCGCCGCGAGUCAAAGCUGUCCUUCUUCCCCAGUCCUGCCCGGCUUGAUGAGUCGGGGGCAAUAAAGCACCAGAGCGUGUUUAUGUCCUUUGGGCUGAUGUGGAGGAGUGGCACGGUUACACUCCUGCUCGACUGAGUGGUAGGGGGAAAACAGCGUCCUGUGGAAAUAGGGCUGUGCAUCAGGGAGGGGGAAUUGGGCUCCGGCAGGGGAGAGAAAAUGAAAUAAGAAUGGUCCCAGGGCACCCCGACUUCCCCUGGAGGGGAUCCUGUUGCCAGAGCUGUGGCGUGCCCCCCCCCCCCCCCCAGCCUGGGCAGGGGGCUGGUGUGGCUGCAGCCUUUGGGGACCCCAUCUUGACAAGAGCUGUACCCUGCUAGCAAAAAACAAACCCAAAACAGCUCUUGGGCCAGGACACGCUCGUCUGUUAAACACAGUGAUCCUGGGGGCUGGAGUUAAGGGAAUUCCCACUCCGAAGGGAUGCUGUCAAGUUCAGCAUUACUUUUUAACAGUUCUUUAAAGUGUUGCGUAUGAAAUCCUUGCUGUUGCGACUGAGAAUCACAGAGCACGUCUAUGCAUAUUCCCUUCAGCUAGAAGGAGACUAGUCAGCUGCCAAUUAACCUCGCUUGGAACCGCUCAUGCAGCAGCGGCAGAGGGUAGCGGAAACUGGCCAUCGCAAGAGGAAAACCAACUAUCCGCUGCUGUGUUGUGGAGGCUAUUCUAGAAACAUGACAUAUUUGCCAACCCUAUAUACACAGCGGCACGCGUACCCUAGGUAGAGAUAAGAUUUGUCCUGAUGUCUUCUCUUUAAUAUGUGGUCUGUGUUUUUAUAUGGACAAGUGAACCCUUUGGGCUUUUGAAGCCUUGCAGUUUCCCUCUUUAUACUAUUUAUAAGGACUACUUUUUCAUAAAGCUUUUAAAUAAACAUAGCAUAGAAGAGACACCAUGAGUUUCGCCUUGCUAUGAUGGAAGCAGUAUGGAGACGCAGUUUGUCCACGGCAGGGGAUGCAAGCUUUCUAACAAGGGAGGAACAACUUCUAUAGGUGAAAUACUCCGUUGGUACUGCAGGGACUGGUCUCAUGCCUGUUCAUCCUACCGCAAACUUGGUACUGCAAACCCGGGCCGGGGCAGCCUUGGCCCUCUUGGUCACGAUGUGGGAAUUUGAGUAAGAAAAUGCAACUUACCGACCUCCUAAGUGAUGUACCAGCCUGCUCCAGAAAUCGUUCCACAACUGGCUUUAAUUUUUCUUUAUGUAUUUAUAAAAGCAGGCUUGCUUUUCCUGUACAGUGGAUUGUAUGUGAGAAUUUUUUUAAUGAUUCUGAUACGGCAUUGCUUUUUUUUUUUUUUUUUUUUUUUUUGGUCUGCGAAAGAAUGAAUGUAAAAUACAGUCAGCAUUAUGCAUGCACAGAUUAAUUCUUUUUGCAAGGAAAAAUUGGUGGAAAUUAUUUCAGACGAUUUCCAUUCUUGCAGCACUUGAAAGUGUCUGAUAUUUCUGCAGCUGGCUUACCUGUUUUUCCUGGAAUUCCCCUGCAGCUUAGCAUUAGUUAAUGUGCAACGAUUCUCUAUCGAAUGUAGUCAUUAACUAUAACGCAAUGCCUCCCUGUGUUACAGCCUGGUUCUAACUCCGAUGCUAAUGAAGACCGUCAUCCUUUUUCAGAAGUCCACAAAGAAGGUAGCGAGGUGCAUGCAAACAGCUGUACUGGAAAACCAAACUGCAAUAGAGAGCAUUCUUUUAUCUCAUCUGCUCUCUCUUCGCCUUAGGUCUUUCUGCUUGGUUCUUAAUGUUUUUCUCCACAUGUAAAAAUUAGUCAAGAUGUUUAAUGCGGUAGGACUUUAAUGCAUCUUUCCGUAGAGGACAGCAUGGUCCCUUACGCUGCAGAGCGCCGUUAACAACUGUGGCAAGACCUUUUUUCUUUUUUUUUUUUUUUUUUUUAUAAAGGUGUUAGCAUCAAAGUAUUAAAGCCAGGAAAAAUAGCGAAGAAAACCUGUGAUGCAUUAAAGAAAAGCCUCUUUGUGUAACUUCUUGCUUACUCAGUAACUGAAACUUACUUCGUAUGUUCUGGAUAUCUGUAAGGAGAAGGUUUAAGUCUAAUGCCGUUCCUUCUCUCUGCAGUCUGGUUAUAGUGUUUUCACAACAGCAAAAUUACUGUUAUUGCUGAAUUAUAGAAUAAACACAGGAUAUCUCA